AAUUUUGAUAAUAUCCAAACAAAAACAAAAAACAGUAUUCCAUAAUUUUAAAUAAUUUUACACAAAAAGUGCUCAAAAAAUGUCCGUUCCCAUCCAUCCGCUAACAAACAAUCCAACCGCUGCAUGGGAAGAGCUCAAAAAGACGCAGCGCGUCAUAAAAAUCACGAUGAAACCGCCCAAAAACGAAAUUCCCGCAGAUAAAGUUCGCGUUGUUUGCAUGAGUGAUACGCACAGCCUGCAAAACGGCAUGAAACACGACAUUCCCGAUGGCGACGUCUUCAUCCAUGCCGGAGACUUUACGCGAUGCGGCGGCAAGGACGAAAUUAUCGAGUUCAGUCAGUUUUUGGAAACGCUUCCGCAUAAACAUAAACUCGUCAUUGCCGGAAAUCACGAGCUAAGUUUCGAUACGACGUUCACGCAUCCGAUGGCUGAAGCGAAUGUGAGCGGCGGAAGUGGCAGAUGCAAGCAUGGCGACGUUGGCGGAGCGAUUUUAGAUGAAAUUCCGACGUUGGGUAACACGAAAGAGAGUAUGAGUGAAGCGAUCAAGACGGAAAACAUUCGACAAUAUCUCACAAAUUGCACUUAUUUGGAGGACAAAGCAGUAGAAUUGUACGGAUUGACGUUCUACGGAACGCCAUGGCAACCGGAAUUUUGUAAAUGGGCUUUUAAUUUGCCCCGCGGAAAGGCUUGUCUCGAAAAAUGGGACUUAAUACCCGCAAAUUGUGAUGUUUUGAUAACGCAUACGCCGCCUGUUGGGCACGGAGAUCUCUGUUGUUCGGGGGUUCGUGCAGGAUGCGUUGAGCUUCUAACGACAGUCCAGCAACGUGUCAAGCCCAAAUAUCACGUAUUCGGACACAUUCACGAAGGAUACGGCAUCUCCUCUGACGGAAAAAUCAUCUUUAUUAAUGCCUCAACGUGCGACAUUAACUAUUUACCGAACAAUCCUCCCCUUGUCUUUGACAUUGCCUUGCCGAAAGGCGUAAAAAAGUGAUUUCACGUCGAUUUUUUUCGAAAUAAAUGCUCUCUUUACAGCUUUUCUAGUCAAAA